CGGGACUUUUUACGAUUGAAAAGCUCUCAAGCAAACGUUGCUGCUUUUCCAAAAUGGAGAACAUUUCACAGCUUUGUUUGUGUUGCUUUGAAAUGAUCGAUAGAAACCAAGUGCAAAGUAACUAAUUUCCAGUUGGAUAUUAUGUUUAUCAACUUAAUCGGAUGCCGGUAUACGAAAUGAGGAGUCAUUGCCACUGGACAUCAUUUGAAACGAACCAGACGCAAAGGCAAUUCAGGAGAUGACGGAAUCCGAGGAAUAUUCGCACAGAAAAGUAGAUUAGCUGAGAAAUAAGGCCUCAGAAUGAAUAACAAUUUUAUGGGGUAUUUUGGCCCCAGUCACAAUAGCAUGGGCAUGAGCCCCGAUUUCGGGAGAGGCCCUCCUGGGCAGCAAGGUGGAUUUGGUGGCCUGCCUCCAAAUAUGAAUCCACACGGGGGUCUGAAUAUGCCAGGUUUCCAACAUCACCAGAGGCUACUUCAUUACGAGAAUAAUCACAUAAUGGGUCCGCUGUCUCCAGGCAUGUCAAGCAUGCCCCCCGGCUCCGGUAUAGGGCCGCCGUCAGGGCGCUUGAUGGAUAUGAAUUUUGCUCGCUUGCAACACUAUAGAGCUACUCAACAGUCCCACCUUCAGCAUUCACCUGGCUCGCUAUCGCCAAUGCCCGGCAUGAGUUCUGGUCUCCCAAGCCAAAGUCCGUACGGUUUGCGAAUGCCAAAUCUCGCCCCAAAGCAGCAAAUGCUAGAGGCCAGACUUCAAUCAAGUCUUGGAAAUGGUAUCACAAGGUGGCCUCGUAUGCCAUCAGGCGCUGGGCUGACGAGACCGCAAAUGCCACAGCUGCUGAUGAACCAAGGCCCGAUGCCGAUGCUGCAAAACACUAAUGAGUUCCAGCUGGGUGGAUCACCAACCUUCUCAAGUGCUGAUAUGAUGCGAUAUAUGAAAGUAGAUGGCGACGAAAUUUAUUCUGCUCCAGGUAUGUCAAUGAAUUCUUUCGAUUUCCCACCACCAUCACAUCAGUUUCAAUCAAGUCAAAAUCCAUUUAGUAUGGAUUCGCAGAUGAGUCAGCCCCCUCCGCUCAAGCAGAGUGAUGGCAGCCAAAUGCCAGCUAUGUCUCCGAGUCCUUUGUCAUUUGGACAGCCACAGUCGUUGGGCUAUGGACCACCUGUAUCCAAGUCUUUUGUUGACAGUUAUUCGAAAUUCAUGAAUCAGGUCCCACCACAUUCCCCAAAACUGACUCAUUUUGGACCAAGUCCAAACAACGAUAUUUUUGAUCAGCCGUCAAACCCGCUCACGCCGCUGACUUCGCAGGAAAAAUCGCCAUUUUCGCCAUUUGGUGGAGGUGGAACAUUUAAUGAUAAUCUAAACUCGCCAGUUGGUAUGAGAAACAUGCCACAAUCAUUGCCAAUGCAAUCAUCAUCUCCUGUCAUCCAGACAAGCUCGCUGAAUCUGCGCUCCCCAACCAAAGUCAACCCAUUGCUAACUCAAAUUCAGCAGCUAAAACAGCAUAUCUCUCAGUUAGAGGAUAAUCCAAUGAGCCAAGGUUCUCCAGAUGUAUCAUUGCUUAAACAACAGCUAGAACAUACCUAUAUGCAGUAUAUUAGCCAGCAAAGAUCAAACGACUUUCCUCCAAUGAAGGACUCAAACAGAGUGCCCCAGCCGCAUGACUUUUACCUUGAUAAGCCGCCAAUGACACCACGACCCCAAACCGACUAUUCUAUCGAUAAACCCCCUCCCACUCCUCGACCUCAACCCACAAUAAAUGACUUCAGAAUGGAGAAAAUGCCGAAGGGGCCAGUUAGGGGAAUGCCUCCAAACGACUUCAUCUUGGAAAAAAGCUUAAGUCAGCCACAUCUACAACAAGAUUUUCUGUUGAAGAAAUCCCCACAGACACCAAUCGCACCUCCGCACCACGAUAUUUUUGACAAACCCCCGAUGACGCCAAGGCCGGUGUCACAGCACGAUUUUAUGAUGGAGAAAUCACAGCAACAAUUAUCUCAGAGCGAUUUUAUGAUAGACAAACCACCACCAAAUACACGACAAAAACCUCAGCAUGGAUUUGUGUUUGGAAAGCCACAGUUACCUAUGUCCCAGCACCAGCUACCCUUAUCGCAGACACAGUUACCCUUAUCACGUACUAAUAUGCAAUUAUCCCAGUCGCAACUUCAUCUCGCUCAGUCGAAUUAUUUCGAUAAGCCUCCGCACACGCCGAGACCUCAGCCUAUGCAGCAGGAAUCUAUGUUGGACAAACCUCCCCCGAUUUCGCAUCCAAAUGCAGGAGCAGAUUAUGUUUUAGAUAAAAUGCCACCGACUCCAGGAUCGUUACCAUCUAACCAAACACAGUCGAAUUUCAACAUGGUCAAGUCCCCAGUUAGGACGCAAGCACCAAUACAGCUAUCGAUGCAGCAACAGCCACAGAGGCCUUCUCAUAUCCCUUUACAGUCUCCACUGCGAUCUCCUCCGGCGUUCUUCUCACAAGCUUCACAGUCACCAUUAUCAACAAUUUCAACUCCAAUCCAUUCGGUGUCACAACAGCAAGAUAAUGAUAUCGAUCUUAAAGACGAUAUUGCAUUACUCGAUGAAUUAUUACAAACUAAACUGAAUGAGCCACCUGAAAAACAGGAGCCUUUAAAUCAAACUGCUUCCCGAACGAAUUCCAUGAGCAGGCCAACAAAUCCAAUGCCUGUGCUUGAUGGUAUGCCAUCAUCGGCAGCAUCACCAACCAUACCACCAACAAUGCCUGUUUUAGCACCAUCUGUCCCACCUCCUUCGUCUAUGUCAAAAUAUGAAAAUGCUUUGCAUGACCCGAGUCAAGGUAUGAUGCAAAACGUAAUGCCAUCGAUGCCAAUGCCUUUCCAUAUGCCAAUGUCUGCAGGGCCGAUGUCUGCAGGUCCGAUGUCUGCAGGGCCGAUGUCUGCAGGGCCGAUGUCAAUGGGUAUGCCAGACAAUUCCAUGAUGUUUCCUGGGAUGUUUGGUCUGAACUUCGGAAUGAUGCCAACAGGUAGGCCGCCUCAUCUCAAACAGCCAGGGAUAAAAGAGAGGUCUAAAGCGAAUAAGAACUCUGCUUCUAAAAGCUCUGGCCUGGCCUCUGCGCCUAAGAAGAAGAAAGUGCGCAGGAAAUCCUCAGAGUCAGACAACAUACCAGCAUCGCCAAAGACUCCAGUAACACCAGCGACCCCGAAUUCGACUUCAGGCACGACCGUCAUUAACCCGUCUUCAAACGUGUCCAGCGUCAAUUCAGGCGAGAGCAUUGCAGCCAUAAACCCAUUCACUCUUGAUGACAAUCUUGCUGAUAAUGCAGCUACGAGGCGAUCACUUCGCGAGCGCAAAAAGAAGAAUUACAAUGAUGAUUAUGAUUACAACAUAUCUGAUGACGAGGAAAAGAAGAAGGCUGAGAAUGGAGAGCCAAUGAGCGUUGACAUACCUGGGGGACAUAAACUGAUACCGUACAAGCCCAGCGAUGCUGUGGAGGGAGAGAUUGCCAUCAUCGAACGCAUACUCGCAGGCCGUAUAAGGUCAAACGCCAAGGAAGGUGAUCAACAGAAGAUAGCUUGGCCCUUGACAGUGGACGAAGAGGGUAACGAUAUUGAAGAUGAGGAAUUCUGCGUCAAGUACAAGGGAUACUCGUAUUUACAUUGCGAAUGGGGUACUGAGAAGGAGCUAUCGAAGAAAGACAAGCGUGCUCCUAUGAAGAUCAAAAGAUUCAAAACUAAACGAGAUCCAGUUGCAAUUCUUGCCGAGCUCGACGACGAACCAUUCAAUCCGGAUUUUGUUGAAGUUGACCGUGUCCUAGAUCAAUCAACAUGCAUGGAUCAAGUCACUGGAGAGCCUGUUACGCAUUAUCUCGUGAAAUGGAGGUCGCUACCGUAUGAAGACAGUACAUGGGAGCUUGAGGUAAACGUCGAUGAACCAAAGAUCAAACAAUACCUCGAGCUGAAGAAACCUCCUCCUCCAGAAUUUCAGCAGUAUGUUCCCAGGCCCCAGGCUUUCCAAUGGAAGAAAAUCGAGACAAGCCCAGUCUACAAAGAUGGCAACACCUUGCGUGAUUAUCAGCUGGAAGGACUUAACUGGCUCACAUUUUGCUGGUAUAAAAGGCAAAACUGCAUCCUUGCUGACGAAAUGGGUCUUGGUAAAACAGUACAGAGUAUUUCCUUUCUGUGUGAACUUAAGCGUUACGGUGUGCGUGGCCCAUAUCUUGUUAUUGCACCAUUGUCAACAAUUGUACAUUGGCAACGUGAGUUUGAAGCGUGGAGUGAUAUCAACACGAUUGUGUAUCAUGGAAGUUCGCCAAGUCGCUUGUUGAUCCAGCAAUAUGAAAUGUCAUACACCGAUGAAAAGGGUGAAAAGAUCCCAGGCAUCUACAAGUUCGAGGCAGUUGUAACCACUUAUGAGAUGAUUUUGAGUGACAAUGAUAUGCUGAGUAAAAUACCGUGGCGUUGCGCUGUAAUAGACGAAGCUCAUCGAUUAAAAAACCGCAACUGCAAGCUUUUAGAAGGCUUGAAUAAACUGCAAUUGGAACACAGGGUCUUGCUCACAGGCACGCCGUUGCAGAAUAAUGUCGAAGAGUUGUUCAGUUUGUUGAACUUCCUGGAGCCCACGAGAUUUCCAUCCCAAGCUGCUUUUCUAGUCGAAUUUGGAAAGCUGGAAACCGAAGCUCAAGUUGAUAGGCUGCAACAGAUUUUAAAACCAAUGAUGUUGCGAAGACUAAAAGACGAUGUUGAGAAGAAUGUUCCGCCAAAGGAGGAAACAAUCAUUGAGGUUGAGUUGACAACAAUUCAAAAGAAGUUCUAUCGUGCUAUUUUGGAAAAGAAUUUUGCAUUUUUGACUCGUGGCCUGUCAACAGCAAGUAACACGCCUAGUUUAAUGAACGCUAUGCUGGAGUCGAAAUGCUGUAAUCAUCCUUUUCUAAUAAACGGUGCUGAGGAGCGUAUAGUUUCAGAAUACACCAAUGGCGCUGAGGGCGUCGAGACUAUAACCAAACAUUUUAAAGCGAUGACAGAAUCAUCAGGCAAAAUGGUACUAAUCGAUAAACUACUGCCAAAGCUAAAAGCUGGUGGCCAUAAAGUUUUAAUGUUUUCACAAAUGAUUCGCGUAUUGGAUUUGAUAGAAGAUUAUUUGCUUUGCAAGAAGUACACAUACGAAAGAAUUGAUGGUCGUGUCCGUGGUACCGCACGGCAGGCUGCAAUUGACCGAUUUUGUCGUCCGGAAUCGGACCGAUUCGUUUUCUUGCUAUGCACAAGAGCAGGUGGCGUUGGCAUAAACUUGACUGCCGCCGAUACUGUGAUUAUUUUUGAUUCGGACUGGAACCCACAGAAUGAUCUACAGGCCCAGGCACGAUGCCAUAGAAUUGGGCAAAGUAAGCCCGUGAAGAUUUACAGACUUAUUUGCAGAAAUACUUAUGAAAGAGACAUGUUUGAUAAAGCAAGCCGGAAGCUUGCUCUUGAUAGAGCUGUUCUCCAGAACAUGAGUUACAGGGAGCAUUCCCCUGCUCCAGUGCUUCCAGGAAAUACUAUUCCAGGGGGUGCUAGUACUGCUAACGGUGCUAUUCCGGGUUCCGCUGCCAGUCCUGGAAACCCAGCGCAAGUGCAGCCACAACCAAUGAUGUCAAAGAAGGAGAUCGAAGAUCUGCUCAAGAGAGGUGCCUACGGAGCUAUAAUGGACGAGGAUGGUGAUGCCAGCACGAAAUUCUGUGAGGAGGAUAUUGAUCAGAUCUUAGAGCGAAGGACCCAGGUCAUACAAAUCGUUGGCGAAGGAAAAGGCUCUACAUUUGCCAAGGCGAGCUUCAUAUCAAACACCGCCAAAAUGGACAUUGAUGUUGAUGAUCCCGAGUUCUGGACCAAAUGGGCGCAAAAAGCUGCCAUCGAUGUUACGGAUAUUGACAAGGAGAAUUUGAUUAUUGACAAACCCCGGGAAAGAAAGCAGACAAAGAGAUUUGGAAACGAGGAUGGAUCUUUAGAGUUGUCUGACGCCGAGUCGGUCGAGGAUCAGGAGGAAGAAAAGCCUGUUAUCGAUGCAGUUCGCAGUGCUUGGUCACGUGUCGAAUGUUUCCGGGUUGAGAAGAAUAUGUUGAUUUAUGGAUGGGGUAGGUGGCGAGACUUUUUGCUGCAUGAUAACUUCAAGACUCAAAUCAGUGAAAGGGACCUUGAGGCGAUUGGAAGAACAAUACUAGUGUUCUGUUUGCAUCACUUCAAAGGAGAUGAGAAAGUAAAGAUCUUUAUCAGUAGUCUGAUAACAAAAUCAGUGACAAGAUCACGAAUUAUCGGGCAUGACAUUGCAAUGAAAGAGGUCGUGAAGGAUGAGCCUUACACCCCGGAUGCAUCUGAUCCAAGCAAACUGAAGAAGAUGCCCAAGUUGCCAAAGAAAGGAACACAAAACAGCAAGCCAGUCCUAGUCGAGGCUGGUCCGGAUUGGAAAACAGUUGAUACGGACACUCUUGUUAUUGAUCAAGGCUAUCGUAAACAUUUGGCCCAUCACUCAAAGAAAAUUCUCACCCGCGUGAAGCUGUUGUACUGUUUGAGACAUGAGAUUAUUGGUGGCGUGGCAGACAAGAUCGUUAUUGGCCUUCCAGCCUCAGACAUUCCACUGCAAGUGCCGCAUGUUGAUGGUGAAGCACCAACGUCUUGGUGGGAUGUCGAGGCAGACAAGUCUCUGCUCAUUGGUGUUUUCAAGCAUGGGUAUGACAAAUACAACGCGAUUCGGACGGAUCCUUGUCUCUGCUUUGUUAGCAAACUGAUGUUGUCCUCGUCAGAAGUUGAGAAACUGUCAGCUGUUUCGCCGGAUCAUGGUAUUCCAGAAAGACAUGAUGACGUAGGAAACUUGGCCUCUGGUAAACGGAAGCGCAAGAAACGAGCUCACGAAGAUGAUGAAUUCAAUUCAGACAUGGACGACGUUGAUCGCGAUGAUGAUGAGUCUUUGAGCAUGAUUGAGUCUCCAUUGUCAUCUGCGUCACCCAACGUACCAUCAGACACAGCUCAUUCGCAAAACCCAAGAUUGAAAUGGCCACAGGCCCCUGACUUAAACACUCGCUUGAGAAGGCUGAUCACAGGAUAUCUGAAAGGCUGCGAGAAGGAGCAAAUGAAGCUAGCGCAACAGGAAAAGGACAAAGAGCGCAGGGAAAGGCAGGCACAACAGAUUCGAGAAAAACAGCUGAAGAAGGCCGAGAUGGCACUGAGGUGGUCGAGGAGAGAGGUCACUGAUUUCUAUCGCGUUGUGACCACCUUUGGCGUCAUUUAUGACGAAGAAACGAAAACAUAUGAUUGGUCCAAGUUCAGGAAACUGGCAAAGCUGGAAAAGAAAGAUGAUGAACGAAUAACUGCUUAUUACGAAGAGUUUUCAGCUAUGUGCCGAAGAGUUUGUGAAAAAUCAACUCCAGAUGACCUGGAAACAAAGAGAGGUGAAAAUUUGGAGCCGAUUUCGGACGAGAGAGCUCAUCGUGUCCUUCACAGGGUCGACCUUUUACUGACCAUAAGGAAUAAAGUGUUGACACAUGAAAACUUCGAUGAACGAAUUUCUCUGUGUGAGCCAUCAAAUGACUUUCCAGUUUGGUGGAAGGCAGGUGUACAUGACAAAGAACUUUUGGUUGGUGUAGCAAAGCAUGGUCUUGGCAGAACAGAUUCGUAUUUGUUUUCGGACGAGACUCUCUGCUUCAAAGGAAUUCUUGACAGCUUGGCAUUGCAGUUGAAGAAACGCAAGCAGGAACAACUUGCCCAGCAAAGUCAAACCAAAAUAGAUGCUGGAUUGAAACCUGCAGACGAGAAAGAAACGUCACAGCCAUCUGUGAACAGUACUGUGCCUGGGAGCGAGACUACAAGCAUAAACGAGACACCGUCGUCAGGCGUCAUUGUGGAUAGACAGCCAAUAGCAACACAUGACCCGAACCCAGCAGUGCUUGAGGAGAAAGGCGAGGCUCAGGAUGAGUCCGUUUCGAAAGAAGUAGCUGAAAUCAUAGCAGCCUGGCCCAAGGACAAAGCUAUGCUCGGUAGAUUGGAGAAAAUAUGCCAGUGCGUUUUAAACAAUGCGUGGCCUAAGAAUGUUCGCGUCGAACCCAGCGGGAGAUCUCAUGCUCAAACUGGACAAACUCACCCAACACUGCCUGGCUCAUUUGAUCGUGCAGAUUUAAUGCGACAGCCAACAGUGAGUGUUGGGGGUGAGGAUGGACCGAGAGGGGAAAUGGCCAAAGGAAUACUCAGCCCUGAAAAGAACUUCAAAGUUACUAGUCUGGAUGGAUUGAAAAUAACGGUGAAGAAGAAACGAAGACGAAGAACCAAGGAACAAAUGGCGGCAGCAGCAGCUGCGAAGGCGCAACUUGCCCAGGUACCACCACCCGAGCAUCUGAAGUUCCCUGUCAGUGAUAUACAGGCUACUGGUGGCGCUGUGUUGCCAAAUGACAAGGUCAAGCGUAGACGCAAGCGAAAGGGUGACUCCUCAGACGCGAUGUCAAAGAACUUAAGCUCGCAAUCAUCUUCUGAUGAACCACCGCUCAAAGUAGUGCCUCACCCAGUCAAAUACACACCAGAAAACGAUUCUGCUCAUGCAGAUCUACAGAUGACACUUAACCCAUCAAUCAUUCUACACGUUCCUGCCAACAUGGAUCAAAAGGUGCAUCGUGUGCCGAAUUCAAUAGCCAAUGUUCCCGGCGACUACAGUGCUGCUGUCGCCUACAGUCACAAUCCUGAGAAGACUAAUGUAAUCCCACCCACGAUCAGUCACAGUAUAGAAAGUUUGGUGCACAGUAAUCCGCACCCAAGCAGUGGCUUCAGUCCGUCUCCUCGUAGCUCUGUUGUUGAACACCUUCCUAAUACCAGCCGGCAUAGUGCAAGUGAAACCCCCUCUUCAGCAACCAUUUCAGCAGCAUCUGAUACUAAAGCUUUUAGAAAGCCAGUCAUGGAAAACUCUGAUUUUUUGAUGAAUGCUCAGAAAGGCAUCAAGGCAUUGAAGCCAGUCGCCCCAUCAGAGUUUGUGGACACAAAAAGCAAAGAACAGCCUAAGAUAACCAGCCAACCAAACGUUAAUCGGCCUGUUGAUCAUGCAACAGUCAUAUCACCAAAUGUCAAUCCAUUUGAAAAGAAACAUCCUUCAAUUGGGGAAUCAAAUAUUUUUGAUAUGCUUCCACUUCAUAUGCAAUCAUCUUCCGGUAAGGAUUCAAUGAUAUAUGGGAACAUUAAUUCCACUUACGCUGCUAAGACUGGCAAGCAAAAACAAAGCAAAGAUGAACCAGGUACACCACCAGCAUUAUCAAAAUACUUUGAAGGACAUAAAGCCUCGGCUGCAAUGGCUGCCCUGGCUGCAAAACUGCACUCUCAGGCUACGUCGCAAGGUUCAAGACCAAAACAAGAGCACCAUUACCCAAACAUUGACUCAAUGUCAAAAUUCCCUGUUCCAAGUGAGGAGUUUCCACCCAGGACCACUUCUGCCAUUGGAAAUAUAAGAAGUCCUCCAUUGGAAAGUUCAAAACCAAACACAAUCAGUUAUAGAAGCAGUAGGCCUGAAGACGAGGCAAAAGAAUAUCCAAAACCGGACAAAUCAUCAAAUCCUAAAAGCAGUUUAAAUGACGGGCCUGAAACGAGGAAGAGCAGUCAGGAAGCUAUUUUCCAGGCCAGUGGAAAAGUGAGUCCAGUUGAUACGAACAACAGACAGAGACAAGGAAUAGCUGGGCAUCCUCAUAGCAUGGCAUCACUGCUCAGCUCGCAGCCUGUGAGCAAGUCACCAAUCCCAUCUGCUGCUAGCCCUUCUAUGCAGAUCCCAAACUUUCACAACACCACAGAACAGCGCAGUUAUGCACGUGAUUCGCAAAUUCCUUCGCAGGAUUCUGGAAACUCAACGAGUAAAGUUUUGAAUACAGGCAGGACUGCCAGUUUACGAAAGCAAUCAUCAGUGGAACCACCUUCAAAGAAACACGCCCAUUAUAUCCCAAAUACUAAUAUUUCUAGUCCAGUCCAAUUCCAGGAUAAUGUUAACACUUCCACUCAUAAUGUUUCAGCCCCACUGCCAAUGAGCUUUAGUUUACCAACAACAGCACCAGAGCAAGCUAAGCAAGCAGCAUCUGUACCAAGUGAUGUACCACGGUCCUCUCCUCUUGCUACAGGGGCUGCAGGACAGGUUGCAAUGAAAUUUACUCCAAUAUCCGCUCCUUCUCCGAUCCCAGGAAAUGUAAAAGUUAAGCCAAAAUCUGUAGUGUCGCAAAGUCAAGGAAAACCAACAGUGUCGGGAAGUAUCCCCAGUGGCAUGUCUAUAACUGACAAGGUUUCACAGCUCCGAAAUAAAGUAUCAAAGGGUACCAAGUCUUUUCAAGGUAAAUCUGUUAUAAAGAAGACAACACCAGGUACGGUGCAACAAGCCCCCAAGGAGGAGAGUGGCGCUUCAAAGAGAGCUACUUCGCUGCAGGCAGAUGUUAAUGCAUCAAAUGAUAGGACAAGCAAUAUUAUGCAUUCAAGUUCUGGCAGCAUCUUACUUCCACCCCUGUCAAAACCCCGUCACCACAUACCGAAAAUCUUUCUAAAUCUUCUCUGGAUGAUAUGUCAAGGAGUAAGAAGCCAAAUUCUAUGGCUGAGUUGCCUUAUACCGUCUUCUGUUCCACGAUCAGAAACAGCUGCGACCUCUCAAUCACGCCCACCCACUCAUUCGAAACCAAUUUCGCAACCCAAAACAGCAACAACAACAAUCACUAAGAUUGUUCCACUUACAACACAGGUCAAAAUGACAACAUCAGUGCCAACAGCAAGGUCGGUCAAUAUUUCUGAGAGCAGUUCUCUGUCUGUCAUCAAAACAUCGGUAAGCAUGCUGUCAUCUGCUGCGUCUGUAUCAUCAACUGUGCCAGUCAUAACACCAUUGUCUGGACUUAUUAAAGUCGUAGAUGCUGCCAACAAAAGAAGUAUUCUCACAUCUGCCAGCAAAGCCCGGCCGACCAGAGUGUCACACUCUGCCUCUCAGUUAUCUUCUCAAGCAGCUUCACAGUCUGCUUCAGUAAUCACAGUGGCCACUUCAUCGGCCUUGAAGCACACGGGCAGCUCAUCAUCAACGUUGUUCACUGGUGCCACCUCAUCAAGCAAUGCCAUUACACCUAAGCCGAUCAGUUUGCAAAUAGUGACUGCAACGUCAAGCAUUGUUGCAUGCUUAGCAGGUGCUACUCUGUCACAAGUUGCGAGCAUUGUCAAGCCAAAAUCGAGUAGAAGCUUCUUCUUCAAACAAAACUGCGAGUACCAACCAGAGUCCAACUGUAACGAGAAAAACAGUACCUGUGUCACAGCCUCCACAAUCUUACCAAAGACACCAAGUUCAAAAACAAGUGCCUCAACUGUACCAUUUUCGACUGCAAUCAAAGUCACGGUAACAUCCUCCACAGAUAGAAGUAAACACGAACCUUCUAUUUCGCUGCAUUCCGAUUCUUCCCUUUUAAAAACUGUUUCAGCUGCCAACUCAACUGCAACAGAAAAUCCCUCCUCAAAGGCAUCAAAUCAAAAGAUUGUACCAUCUACCAAAAACAGGACAUCAUCAGAACGACAGUCUCACAAACCACAAAAAGCCUCACCAGUUGCAACCAGCUCUUCCAGUGAAGAUACUCCAGAUGUAGGAAACAAUGCACCUGUAGCUUCUCGCACUCGGCCAUCAACAAGACGGAUCACUACUUUGUCUGCAUUAGGCUCAGGUCAUAUCAAAAAAGGAGUCAAAGGAACACCAGUUACUUCUCCAAAAGGAGCAACAUCAUCGAAAAGUCUGGCAACAUUGCCUACUGGAGUCAAGACAACUGUGAUGUCUACCCCAGCAACAAUAUCGGGUAUUGUUACGACAAAGUCAAGCUCGAAAUCUAGUCCCCAGUCCUCGCCCAUUGCAUCAGACAGCCAGAAAACCAGUGCAGGGAAACAUACAGCCAGUGGUGAGAAAGGAGUGGACAUCAGUACCAGCAAACCAGUUUUGGCGCCUUCCAGCGAUGAGGUGAAGGAUUCUGCCAGCCAAAGUGCAUCUGCAAAGGCUGACCAUGGAUAUGCGGCUGCUGCUGCUCUGGCUAAGUUUAACGAAAGCAUUGUUAUCCAGACAACAAGAACUGUAACGUCAGUAUCAGAUCGUCCCAAAACACAGAAAAGAAGUCUUGCAAGUAUCGUAAAGGAUCUUGCUUCAAAGUCUAGUGCCCAACACUCAGUCGCACAGACCUCAAAGCAAGAUCCUGGCAAGAAAGAGAAAGAAUCUGCAAAAGCUAAGGAUCCAGUUACUACCAAAGAUAGUGGAACUGCAAAGGAUAUUGAAAAUGUGAAGAAUGCUGUAACUAAAAAGGAAACUGUCAGUGUGAAAGAAGUUGUCGCUGCAAAGGAUGCUAUCACUGCGAAGAAUACUGUUAUUGCGAAGGAUCCAUUUCCUUGCAAGGAUGCUACACCUAAGAAGGAAAUUGUGAAAGUCCAACCUAUCUCACAAGGAAAGGAGGUUUCAAGCGAUAAAGAGGCUUCUAAAGGGCCUGUCAAAGAGCCUGCCAAAGAGCCUGUCAAAGAGCCUGCCAAAGAUCCUGCCAAAGAGCCUGCUAAAGAAAUUUGUGCAUCAGUCAAAGAGCCUGUCAAAACAAAAGAGUCUAAAUCCCCACAGAUAAAAGACAGUCAACAUGGCAAAGAGGCGACACCAAAAAAGGAGUUACCAUCAAUUCGUAAUGUUGAGCCUAAAAAAGAUAAUGUGCAAAAAGAAGAGUGUGUGAAGGGAAACAAAGAAUUGUUGGCCGUUAACGCCAAUGUUGGCGUUAAAGCCAGCGACAGUGUUAGCGAAAAAUCAAACGUUUUGCCUAAAACUACCAAAGAGUCAACGGAAACGCCCAGCGAUGCUGCUGUGACAAAUACAGGCGCAGGAGACUCGGCACGAGCCAACCUCAAGCAGAAUGAUACUGAUAAUAAACAGACUGUGAAGUGCUCCUCCGAGAGUGCUGCCACUUCGCAAAUAAAUCUCACGUGACCGUGAUUUUACUUUUCUAGAUGUAAUAACUAUGCCCUAAGCGAACUUUUAAAUGCUAUUUCUUAUCGGAUUAUUGUAUUGCUCUUUUGAUACGAAAUCAAGGAAAACAUCUAGAUAACCAGGAUACGCAAAGACCUUUGAAAUUAAUAUAUGAAUACAUAUUAUAUAUUAUAUUUCCUUUGUACUCUAGUCGAGUGAGGGGGUUGCUUCAGGGUCACUGGUUACAAGAAGGCAAUAUUUUACACCCGCAUUUACCCCCUGAUUGUACACAAAAUGAUAGAGCGGGGGUUGGCACGAAGUGCGUCAAUACAUAUGAUUUCCUGAAACAUCUAGUAUUGGUCGUUUGCCUAAUAUUGAUAAAAUCGAUGUUAUAAUAGGUCGGAGUUUUUUACCUAUCUCACAUGAAGUGCACGAAAAAUUUAGGCCAUGCUUCUCUAACUUUCUGUAGCUCAUUUCAGCCCCUUUUGCUCAGACUCAUCAUGUAUUUUUCAAAAAACAAACCAGUUUUUUAGCAUCAUUGCCAUUAUUUUCUAGGUUUUAAGAUACUUCAAGUCUUUUGAAAAUAGCUUGCAUGUUAAGUGGAGCUUGAAUUCCCUUUUCACAAUUCACGUUGAUGUCCGGAUCGCUUUGUAGGCUUUUUUAGCAGUACAGUUCGUCCAUUCGUCUCAGGUUAUGCUGAAAACCUUAUAUUGAAGACCAAUUGUAAUUCGAAAUGCCUGAUAUCCUAUGGCACUCUUAGCUAAAGUUGUUGUUUGCUACCUUCGAAAAAGAGUGACUACCCCGGAUCAUUAAAGAGAUAUGUAAUGUACGUAUUUAAUCCAACCAAAGCCCUCGACAUUUGGAUGCCAAAGAAAAGCUUCACCAGUGACCCUUGAUUAAGACUGCGCCUAAGGGAGAUGCGGGCAAGGGGCUUCUUCAUAUCAGCAAGUUUUAGUUGCAGUUUUUAAGAUCGCCAAGCCACGCACAGUUAAACAAUAUAUUCAAGCAAAUUAGCUGCAGUCGCUUCAAACUGAUGUAAAGUUGUGCGUGAUCAUUUAUAUUAAUAUUCUUAUCAAAGGCCUGAAUUUUGUCCAUAGACAAUAACGUAGCUAUGUGUUUUUAUUAUUUUUUGUAGUUGUAUGAAUACCAGUAUUAUUAAUAUUAUCAUUGCAUAUAGCAAGGUGAUCGAUCAAUUGGCUUGUAGAAGUAAAUGACGGCUAGAAAUGGCGAUGUCAACCUUGAUAUAAGAUUUUUAUUUGUCACGAAAAUGUCAUUCUAUUUAUCUUG